GUUGAGCUGCAGCAGCAUCAGUGUCUCAGUGUCAGUCGCUCUGCAGCAUGCAUCAGGAAACACACUUCAUCCACACUUUCUGCUCCACAGGAUGUGAGUUCAGAUAAGCAAUCAGGAUGGUAGCAGAGACCUGGGCUAAAGCGGACAGACCGAAGCGAUGGAGGAGACAACGCCAGACCCCGCUUUUGUGGACGUGGACCAGGGUCUGACCCUAGCGUGCAUCGCCUUUCUAUGUCUGCUUCUGCUGGCAAUGAUCAUCCGCUGUGCCAAAGUCAUCAUGGACCCCUACAGCGCCAUUCCCACCUCCACCUGGGAGGAGCAGCACUUGGACGACUAGCAGAUUUUCCCAAGACCUCUGCAAAUAAACAUGCACCUGUAUUUAAUCAAACCCUGACAUCAUGUUUCAACCAAUGCACGGAUAUCUACGUGAUAUUUAAGCAGAUAGUCAUCUUCUCGCAUGCAGCAUUACUAGCUUUGAAGACAUCUGCAUGGAAACGGAGCUGAAUUCUUCCCAACUCUAUUAAACAAGAAGGCAUGCAUUUAGAAAUGAAGCCGAUUUUGACGUCAACAUCCUCUUUUUUUCCUUCUACCCUGGAUGAGCUUUAGUAAAACGAAAUCACUCCAAAGCACAAAAUCUGACACUUCCAUGUUCUCACAACCAAUGCAUCCUGAAUUUGUAAUAAUAAAAUAUGUAUAUUUUUAUAUUUAAUAAUGUUAUACAAGAAACACCAAUCCAAUUAUGGCAAGGAAAACACUUCUAGCUACAUAAGCUCCACAAUUUUACAGCGUUGCCACAAGGGGAGCUAUAGCCUUCGUACUAUCAGUUUUCUUUUACACACUCACGGUGGAACAACAGUUAGUUAGGAGGUUAGUCAACAGCCAAAAUGCUUAUUUAUGAUUUAAUGGAACAGUAAUUUGCUCUAUCGCCCCUUGAGUAGCAUCACUGCAAAUACAGUAUUUACAAUGGGACUGCAUACUUGCAAUAGAUUGGUCAAGCAUUCGCAUUUACAGACAUGCAUACGUAUGAGCUUAAUUGUUAUUAAGUUUUGCAAGAAGACAAAACUUUGACUGAAGGCCUUGUGGAAAUGCCCAAAGAUGAAAAAUGCCAAAAACUGUCUUUAAAAGAGUGUGCUCUCAUUUAUCGGCUCUUACGAUCUGAUCCCCAGAUGUGGUUUGAUUCUGUUGUCCUUGACAAAGGGUACGCAUUAACAGAGAGCUAUAGUCUGCACCGCAUGAUAUCAAGUGCCUCAGGUGAGGUUAUAUAAAUGAAGUGGACAAAACAACAAAACACCAGUGUCCUGUCUGAUGUAAAAAUGCCUAUGUGCUACAUAUCUGUUCUCAACCACAAUAAAGAUUAUAGUAAUUCUA